GAGGUGGAAUGGAGCGAGAGUGAUGGAGGAGAAGGGGAAAGGAAGCGAGAGAUGGAGUGCAGCCAUCGGCAAUCUCUCCGAGAUGACUUCCAAUCUCGAAUCUCUGCAGAAGCUUCUUCUCAAGAAAGCUGUCUUUGUCGACGAAGAAACCUUUGCCAAGGCCUCUCUCAGCUCCGAACAAGCCCGAAUCAUCAAGGUUCUUGAACAAAGAGUAGAAACUUUGGAACGAGAGCUUGAUGCUGCCAUAACAGCUGCUGCUCGUGCUCGUUCAGAAAAACGACAGGCUGAAGCUGCUCAAAAAGCUGCUGAAUUACGUAGUCAAGAGAUCACAAGAGAGCUGGAAAACACCACAAAGGUAUUUGAACUGCACAUGGAAGAGUUGCGUGCAAAGCAGCAAGAGAUCGCGAAGCGAGAUAGUGAUAUAAAAGUCCUGGAAGCUAUAAUUCAGACUCUUGGUGGAAAAGAGUCGUCGUCUUCUCGCCCUAGCCUUUGAAAUUCAUAUAAUGUAAGUAAUUCACAUCAUAUCACUUCUGCUGUUGUAAUACAUGAAGUAGAAUGAUUGGGGAUGAGCUCUGCUGCAUUUCUCAUAAACAUGGUGCACCAGCAAAUGUUUCCAAGAACAGAAUGAGUGGCUUCAUUUUCUGUGGAAAAUUUAUCUUUGGACUUUGGUUGACUACAGUGGUGAAUUGGUUUCAGUUUGUAAAGAUGAAUGUUUCUUCUACCCA